CUCUUCGAGCGGGACUUUGGUCACAGACCACAGAAACAAAAAGUUCUGUGACUUCCUCAAAUAGCUGCUUUUUGUUUAUUAGACAUGGCCCUCCAGAUUGAAGCGGAUUUACCACCUGGCCUUUCAGGUCUGAAAAAUGUUGAUGCCCUGCUUCGGUGUCCAAUUUGCUUCGACUUCCUCAAUAUUUCAAUGAUGACAAAAUGCUCUCACAACUUUUGCUCUUUGUGCAUCAGACAAUUUCUUUGCUACAAGUUGCAGUGUCCAGUUUGCAAUACACAAGCAACAGAACAAGAUCUAAGAAACAACCGUUUAUUGGAUGACUUGGUCGUAAACUUUCAAGCUGCAAGGCAGCAGUUGUCAAAAGCAAAUUUUGACUCUCCUCCAAUAUCGCCCAAGACCCCAGCUUCAGCUGUCAAAUGUAAAACUCCCAGAGCGAGGGCCCAGAAGUGCACCAGCUCCGUUCUGAGCAACUUUUUCCAAAAGAAGUCCAAAACACCUCCAGCUAAAGAAACCCAACGAGAUGGUUCUGUCUCUCAGUGGGUCCAGCGGGGAAAAAUACAGACUGCACACACUCACCGUGCAAAUGAUGCUGACCUACAUUCAGCAACUGCUCGUCUUCCAGUGACCGUGAAGGAAGAGCCGAUGGAUGUGGAGGAGGCAUCUGUCCAAGGUUUGAUGACUGUCAAACAGGAGGACACAUCCUCGCACAGUUUCAGCACCGGGGUUGAGAUGGCACAUUCCUCUUCACCAUCGAUAGACGUAAAGCCCGUAAUCAAAGUGGAGUGCCCCGUGUGUUCUGUCAGUGUGUCACAGCAGUUUAUCAACAAGCAUCUGGACACAUGUCUUAGCAGUGGAGAGAAGAAAGAAAGCUUGAGGAGCUCCCUUGGCAGGACGAGGCAUCCAAUGACCAAACUGGUGUACAACCUACUUUCCAUGCAUGAGUUGAAGAGGAGGCUGAAGGAAUGCCACCUCUCAAUGCAGGGCUCUCGAGACCAGCUGAUCAAAAGACACCAGCAGUUUGUCCACAUAUACAACGCCCAGUGUGAUUCCCUAAACCCACAAUCAGCUGAAGAUAUUGCCAAACAGGUGGAGGCCAACGAGAAGAUCAGGAACCAACUGCAGGGGAAAGCCAAACCUGCCAUGGUUUUCACAAAGAAUCAGACUGAGAAGGAAAUUGAUGAGAUGCAUUCAAAUUAUAGGAAGCAGCACAGCAGCGACUUUUCCCGCCUUAUCGCCCAGGUCCGGGGUCGCCUAGAGACCAAAAGGCAGACUCGUAUCAAACAGGAAGUCGUAGUGGAGGGAGAGGAAGAGACGCCCUCUGCAGAUCAAGUUGAAGAAUCAAAGAGCUGCUUAGUGAUUAAGGUAGAAGACAGUGACGAGGAGCCAUUAGCAAGAGGGAUUGAGUUGUCACCCAGUCCCACUUACAGUGAAGUGUCCAUCAGCAGUUCUCUUUCUGACAUCUUUGGUCCAGAGCCUGCCAGAAACCUUGAAGACACAGAGAGGACCUCAGUCCAAAAGCGAACGCCCAGCUCCAGAGGAGACGAUGCAGCUUCGUCGCACGUUCCAGGAAAACGAAAGCGUAAAAAGUAAGGAGAGAUGGAAGACAGAGAACGCAAGAGAGAGAGCGAGAGAGAGAGAGAGAGAGAAAGAUCUCUCACAGACACUGAACUUUUGACUGACUUUUAAGUUUAUCAAGGAAUGAUUUUUUUUUUUUUUUUUUUCUCUACACAUCCCUCUCUGGCAUUUAUUUUCUGAAGUUGCACAGUUAACUUCUUGA